AGCGCCGUCUCCUGCGGCCCCCCCGGGGGGUACACAGGCCUUCCCGGCCUGGGGGGCAUCUACUACUACCAGUACGGCGGCGCGUACAGCGGCUUCGGCGGAGCGGACGGGGAGAAAGCCCAGCAGCUCGACCAGCGCUUCCACCAGCUGAAGGUGCCCGUUGCCAGGGCAGCGAUGGCCGCGGGAGGGUGUCUCCUGGCCGUCUCCUGCCUUCUGAUCUCGGUUGGCGUUCUGCGGUUACCGUGGGGCUUCCCAGCGUGGCUGCUCCUGGAGUGCGUCCUGGACACAGCGAUUGCUGUUGGCAUCGUGCCCGCUGUGUACUAUUUCUUCCAUUUUCUGCUGGGUGUUUAUAAUUCAUCAGUGUGCAAAGAGAGAGAGCAGCUUUAUCAGAGCAAAGGCUAUCAGGGCUUCAGGUGCAGCCUGCACGGGGCAGAGAUUGCUGCUGGCCUCUCGGGCUGUGUAGCUGCCAUGGCAUACCUGCUUAGCGCAGCCCUAGCUGUCAGGGGCUACAGAACCAUUCACAAACUGAAACAGAAACCAGUACAGUUAUAUGAGCACUAG